GGCCCGCCAUGGCUUCCCUCAAUUUCCAGGGCGGCGGUGGCGCUAAGAAGGAGGAGAAGGGCAAGAACAUCCAGGUGGUGGUGAGGUGCAGGCCUUUUAAUGCCUCAGAACGUAAAGCAAGCUCCUACGCUGUUGUAGACUGUGAUCAAGCAAGAAAGGAAGUUAGUGUCCGCACUGGAGGAGUGACAGAUAAAACAUCAAGAAAGACUUACACUUUUGAUAUGGUUUUUGGAGCUCAGGCAAAGCAGAUUGAUGUAUACCGGAGUGUUGUUUGUCCCAUUUUGGAUGAAGUUAUUAUGGGCUACAACUGUACAGUCUUUGCUUAUGGCCAAACUGGCACUGGUAAGACCUUCACAAUGGAAGGGGAGCGGUCACCCAAUGAGGCAUAUACUUGGGAAGAGGAUCCACUAGCAGGUAUAAUACCCCGUACAUUGCAUCAAAUAUUUGAAAAGCUCACAGAGAAUGGUACUGAAUUUUCAGUGAAAGUCUCUCUUUUGGAAAUCUAUAAUGAGGAGCUUUUUGAUCUUCUGAAUCCUACUCCAGAUGUUGGAGAGAGACUGCAGAUGUUUGAUGACCCUCGAAACAAAAGAGGUGUAAUUAUUAAAGGCUUGGAAGAAGUAACUGUACACAACAAAAAUGAAGUCUACCAAAUUCUAGAAAGGGGUGCAGCAAAAAGAACUACUGCAGCUACUUACAUGAAUGCAUAUUCCAGCCGUUCCCACUCUGUGUUUUCAAUUACGAUCCAUAUGAAAGAAACAACAGUAGAUGGAGAAGAGCUUGUUAAAAUUGGGAAGUUAAACUUGGUUGAUCUUGCAGGAAGUGAAAACAUUGGUCGAUCUGGGGCAGUUGAUAAAAGAGCUCGUGAAGCUGGAAAUAUCAAUCAGUCUCUCCUGACACUAGGUAGAGUUAUUACUGCUCUAGUAGAAAGAGCCCCACAUAUUCCAUACAGGGAGUCUAAACUCACAAGAAUCCUUCAGGAUUCUCUUGGAGGACGAACAAAAACAUCAAUAAUUGCCACAGUUUCUCCUGCAUCUAUAAAUCUUGAGGAAACACUGAGUACACUGGAAUAUGCCCACAGAGCAAAGAACAUAAUGAACAAGCCUGAAGUUAAUCAGAAGCUAACAAAAAAAGCUCUUAUUAAGGAAUAUACUGAAGAGAUUGAGCGUUUGAAAAGAGACCUUGCUGCUGCACGAGAGAAAAAUGGAGUCUAUAUUUCCCUUGAAAACUAUGAAGCCCUUAAUGGAAAGUUGACAGUUCAGGAAGAACAAAUUGCAGAGUAUAUUGACAAAAUCAGUGUCAUGGAGGAAGAAGUGAAAAGAAUCACUGAAUUAUUCACAGUUAGUAAAACUGAACUUGAACAGUGUAAAACACAUCUGCAAAUCAAGGAGAGAGAACUGGAAGAAACACAGAAAGAUCUGCAAGAAACAAAAGUUCAUCUGGCUGAAGAAGAAUACAUGGUUUCAGUUUUGGAAAACGCUGAACAGAAACUUCAUGGCACAGCUAGCAAGUUACUUAGUACAGUUGAAGAAACUACAAAAGAUGUAUCUGGUCUCCAUGCGAAACUGGACCGUAAGAAGGCUGUUGAUCAACACAAUGCUAUGGUCCAAAAUACAUUUGCAGGACAAAUGAAUGUUUUAUUCAACACAAUACAAGAUUCAGUCAGUAAAAACAGUUUGAAGCAGCAGCAGAUGCUGACAUCUUACACAAAUUUUAUAGGUGACCUCCUAUCUACCAGUUCUUCAGCAGCUAAUAUUCUUGCAUCAGCUGUGUCAGCAUCUUUUGCCUCUGUUAAAGAAUUGGUGUCUACUGAAGUUUCUUACCUGUCUGAAAAAAUAACGCAGCAUGAGAAUCUGUCACUUGAUUGUAAAACUGAGCUGCUGAGAUUAAUUGAGGAACAUAAAUCUGGAUUAGGAAGAGCAUUAAAUAGCUCAACACUGAUGGUAGAUUUUGUCUUGGGGCUAAACUGUGACUUUCAGAGUAACAUGAAGAAAUAUUCUGCUGUGGUUGAUGAGAUGGAGGGUCAUAAAAAGGAAAUGGAUACCUUCUUUGAAGAUCUUUCUCUCACUCUGAAAAAAUUGCGGGAAGAAACAGCCAGUGUUUUUGCUCAGCUUCAGAAUGAUUGUGAGAAUUUAAAAGAGGAAGUGGAAAUUAUGAAGGUGGCACAUACAAAGAGCACAGCUGAAUUAAUGUCCUCACUGCAAAGCCAGCUUGAUCUGUUUGCUCAGGAGACUCAGAACAACUUAACUAAUGUACUUGCAAAAAAUGGAAGUUUGAAGACUGCCAUCACUGCUGUGCAAGAAAAUGUUCACCUAAAAACUACAGACCUAAUCAGCAGUACAGCUUCCAAUCACAGCAGAUUUACUGCAUCUCUGGAUAAUUUCUCUCAAGAACUCAGGAUCAUAAAUGCUGAAAAUGAGAGGAUACUGGAAGAAUCCACUGACAACUGUCAACAGCUUAUCAGCAAUCUCAAAAAAGUGUCUCAGGGUACUGAUAAGUGGGGUGAAUUUACAACUGCUCAUAUAGUAGACUUUACCAAUCAGCAGCUAUUGUCCUUCAGUGAUGAGAAACAGCAACUUCAUGGUUUACAAAAGAAAAAUGAAGAAAACUGUGAUAAUGCAAAAGCUGAAAUUUCUGACUAUAUUGGUAGACAGAAGGCUGCUGAGGAGAAAGUACUAAAUGGCCUUCUUGAUCAGAUAAAGGUUGAUCAGGAGAUACUUCUGGAGCAGAAGCUGGCACUUAACGAGGAAGCCCAGCAUGGACUGACUCAGGUUAAUGGCUUCCUGCAAGAGGAUCUAAAAGUGGAUAUUCCAACAGGAACAACUCCACAGAGGAAAGACUACUUGUAUCCAGUCACCCUUGUGAGAACAGAACCCCGGGAACUUCUACUGGAGCAAUUAAGGCAAAAUAAACGGAACCUGGACGGUAUGCUAAACAGUGUGACAAAGGAGAUGGAGGAUAAUGCAAAUCAGGACUUGUUGGAAGAGGAAGAAAGGUUGCAAGAAUCCAGUGAUAGCCUUGCUAGUGACAAAUCCUUUGUGGAUACAAAUGUAUGCUGCCACUCAAAUGGUGGUAUUCCCUUUUUUCAGCACAAAAGGAGUCACAAAAAGGAUAAAGAAAACAAAUCUGCAGCUACAGAGAAGAACAAAAUAGAGGAUAUGACGGAACAGUUUCUUCCCAAAUCUAAGCCUCCUUUAAGAUCACUGAACUAGGAUAGAUCUACUGGAGAUCCUUGUUUUAAAUACUUUUGUCUAAUUGUCUACUGAGCCAUAACUUUAUUUGGCUAUCCUUGGUCUCUGUAUAUAGCUAUCCAUUGAGGUAAACUUUGAUCAAAAGAUUGCCUAUCAGUUGUUCUGUCUGUCCCAUUUUUAUAUGAUGGAGCUUGCAAAUUAUAUAUAUUCAUAGACUUUAAAAACAAACAAAAAAACCCACAAAAAACCCCCAAACAAAAAAAAACCCUGCAGUUUAUGGUGCUGUAUGUUAAUGUUUUAUGUUGUCAAAUGAGAGAUUCUUUUCUGUUUCUCAGAUGUAAAACAGCAGAAAGGGAUGUGGAAAAUGCUUUGUCAGCAUUACUGGCUAUAAUUUUAUUUUUUUAUUAAGUGUUCUGUACAAUAAUUUUGUACCUGCUUUUUAUUCUGAUUCCUUUUUUUUAAGUAGAUAGUUCUCUUUAGACUGGUAUAUUUCAAAUAAAUCAUUGAUACAUGGAAAACAAAUGUAGAUGCACCUCUCAGAGUGAAACAAGUUUACAUUACUUUCAUCUUAUAUUACCAGGUUUAAUUUAGCUAGAACAUGUGCAGCUGUCAAAAAAUGAUGGUUCCUCCCUUGUUUCAUAAUAGGCAAUAGCUUUAUUUUGUACCUCUUCAGUUUAUGAAAGCUAGUCUCACUGAUGGGUUUUGGGUUUUUUUGUUUUAGUUUGGCUUGAACCCCACUAUUCUCUUAAUGUGUUAGCUUGGAUAUGAUGUUGGCAGCCACAGCUUAUGUAUUGUAAACUGGUAGCAUUUCUUUUAUGAUGUAGAUACUUAACAUUAAAACAUGGAAACUUGCUUACAAAUGCAGCUUCUAUGUUGUAUGAUAUGAAUUCCCAGUAAUUGACAGUAGCAUUCGACCAGCUGCUCUUUGCAUGCAGCUUACAUCAGAAUUUGAAGAAAACUUCAUGCUAUGACGUGCUAAAAAGUAGUUUAAUAAGAUUAUGAUGAGAAUGGGGAGAGACACUGAAGGCAGCCCUGAUUUACACCAAAGCACUACUUUUAACUAACUGUCAAAACGUGAUUUAAGAGAUUGUUCAUUUUUCUGUAUCUCCCUUGCAGGCUUAAAUUGAUCUUUCUUCAAAGGGGUGGUCCAUAUGUCUAUUU